CCCUUAUUUGUAACAAGAAAGGCCAAUCAUUCUCAGCUAUGAACAACAACAGAAAUGGCUAUUCUUCUGUUCCAAAUCAACCCAAUUAUAGUUAUGAUUCGGAUACACGAUCAUCGGGUUGGCGAGUUCCUGCUUUCUCUUCGAGUAAUGCUUGGUCCAGGAGUAAUUCAAUAGUUAACAGACGCUUGCUCGAUGAUCCUCCAGCCCCUUACUCAAGUACAGCGAUUUCAUCAACCGUAGAUUUAGUACCACCAUCACACACUCGGCAUCGGAUUCCAAUCCGUAACAGCAACAACCUACGAAGACAGCACCUCGAGGCACUAAGACAAGCCGUUCACAACCAACCCGCUAGACCCGAGAGCAGCUCAAGAUCAUCAUCACAAACCAACGAAGAAGACGAAAUCCUCAAACAUCUAACAAAAGAAACAUAUAACCCAGUCCCAAAAAGCACCCUUCUCAGAAGCCUGAGCUUAUACUACAGAAACAAAAACCCGGGAAGCGAAAACUCAAGAAACACUCAAGAUCUCUCUGGUGAAGAAGACGACAAGAGAUGCUCCGUUUGUUUAGAAGACUUCGAGCCCAAGGAAACAGUGAUGCUCACUCCUUGCAAACACAUGUUUCAUGAGGAAUGUAUAGUUCCAUGGUUAAAGACCAAAGGACAGUGUCCUGUCUGUAGAUUCGUCAUACUCAAGCCGGCAAAACAAGAUUCUUCGCUGACUAAUGGAUCAAAUCAUGUCGGAAACAUGACAAUGAACGAUCUCUUCACAUUAGAGCUACUCUCUGUGGUAAGAGCAAUGGAAGAAACUUUCCUUUUUGGUUAUCCACGUCGCAUGUAGAAUCUUUAUUGUACUUGAAUUCUCUCAAAUGAUAUUAAAUUUAUUAUUUGGGUUUGUUUUAUAAAAUGAAUCAUAUGAA